AUGGCCUCUUCAGUCGCAAGUCUUAUCGGCAAAUCCUUCGAGGAGAUACUGCGUGCACCGCCACCCGCUCUCUCGGCUGGAGUCGGUGCUUUGGUCGACAUGGCUCUCUUCUGGAAAGCGGCCGGCCCCGAGCGAUACUUUGCCAAGAGUGACGAGUUCGAUGAUCAGCUCGUUCAACGCUACUCCAAGAUCUACCCCGAGGUCCACGCCGAACGCAUCACCCCCACCAUUCCUGCCUCUCCGAUUACCGCAGCAGACUCACUAGUGGAGCAGCAUCUCGGAAUGAUUCUUCUGCUCGAUCAGUACCCGAGGAAUGCCUUCCGCGGCUCCGCAAAGCAAUAUCAGUCGGACGGGCUCGCCAAAAAGUGGGCGGACAUCGCCAUCGAGCACGGUCUGGACAAGAAAGUCGACCAGUCGCUCGCCUUGUUCUUCUAUCUACCUUAUGGUCAUUCGGAAAACCUAGCGGAUCAGGAUCGAGCCAUUCAGUUGGGCGAGCACGUCGGGGAGCCCUUCUUGACACACGCAAAGCAGCACAGAGAAGUCGUUGCUAGGUUUGGUAGGUUCUGUCAUAGAAAUAAAGUGAUGAACAGAGAGACGACAAAGGAGGAAGCCGACUGGCUCGCAGGCGAGCUUCCUGCCUGGGCCCGAUCUUGA